CUCGCUGAAAUACGAGAGCCUAAUACAUCAUCUGACAUGGGUCCGUAUCAAUUUCAGGCCCAUGUGGACGAAGCUCGCUCACGCACUGCUCGUAAAACUCUGCGAGCUCGAGACUUUAGCUAAAAAUAUGGGAUUUCAAGUUCGACAGUUUGUAACAAAAUGGAAGAGCAUAGUGGAAUGACAUGGAUUCGUCGAUUUCAGACCUCAGAGAGUCUGUCCGUUCUAUCUUCUCACGUUUGUGUCACUUCUUUGAACGGCAGGUCCAAACAUGUGAUUAGUAGAUGCCCGGCUCAGCAUCACGGCCCUUUCGAUAUCCGUGCGAAAUCGAAGUUUCAACAGGGCAUCGCACGCAGAUCGGUUCUUGAUGUCAUAGUUCCGAUAGUGAUACUGUCUGGCAGUGUUUGUCGAAGCUGAAAGAGUCAUCCAGAAGUAAUCGUAAACGAGGGUCACAGAAUGACAGCGGAUUUCGAAAUUCCAGUCAUAGAUCUUACUGGCUCUGAAGGACCUGAAAGGGAAAAGCUUUGUAAGGAGCUCGCAAAGGCUUGUGAGGAAUGGGGAUUCUUCCAGGUCAUCAAUCAUGGAAUUGAUGAAUCCCUACUGAAGAGGGCUCAGAAAGUUUACACCGAUUUUUUCUACCUUCCAGCUGAAGAAAAGAUGAAGAUUCUCAUUCCUGACGAUUGUAUUGAAGGAUGGAAGCAUCCGACAUUGACAGCUUCUUCAGAGCUUUUGAAGAACAUUUCAGGCUCGAAAACUGCUGAGUACGUCAACAGCGUUUGGCUGCCUGACUUACCACAACAUAGGGAGAAAUGGCCCACAAGCCCACCAGCACUUCAGCCGACAAUUGUCGAAUUUGUACACGAGGCCAAGGGUCUUCACGAGAAAAUUUUGACCAUGAUUGCUGAGGGUCUGGGUCUUGAAUCAGAUGCAUUUGUUAAGCGUUUCCUGGCACCACGAGUAAGUGUCAGGUCGAACUUUUAUCCACUAAGAUCCGAAGAGAAAUCUGAGGGUUUUGUGCAUCCACAUUCCGACGUAUCUGGGACAACACUGCUCUUAUCAGACAUGGUUGCUGGCUUGGAAGUCAAGAAAGAUGACAGCUGGGUACAAGUCGAGCCCCGACCGAACGGCUUUGUUGUAAAUGUCGGUGAUUUAGUCGAGAUUUUGAGCAACGGCAAAUUGCGAAGUGUUCUGCACAGAGGACUUCCUAAUUUGACCAUGGAACGUCUGUCUAUCGCCUGCUUUUACAUGGCAAACAAUGAUGCGGUUAUAGCUCCUGUUGAGGAGCUCUUAGAUGACGAACAUCCUCCAAAGUACAGGUCCAUUCGUUUUGAAGAUUAUUUCAAAGCAUUUCUAGCUAAAGGUAAUCUUUUAAAGAGGGGACUAGCACAGGUUAAGAUAGAUGAAUAAGGCUGUAGAUUAGUACUUUCAUUUUUAUCUCCCAACUUCAUUUUAGAGUGAAGAUGUAGAUAAUAAUCUUCACACUUGAAUCCAUUUUAUGGUGUGGGUGGAAAUGUCCCAUCAAGCAAACUGAUCUUUACUCUUCUUGAGCUAGAGUCAAACAGAUGGCACUAAACUGUGUCAUCAAAAUAGAUUAAGAAUCCAAAAUCCAAUUUUUUCUACAAUAUUUUUUUGAGUUACGUACUCAAUGAAUAAUUACCGGGCUUCUACUAGCUUUGUUUAUGUCUGUCUAAAAUUACUCAUUCCAAUUUCGCAAUUCAGCACAAAUCUGUAAUCU